CUUUUUUUUGCUAGUUUGUUACUUAGUGGCUCCUUACUGGUGCUGGUACUCCCUUGAGGAAUUUUGUGUUCGUUUCCUUGACAAGACAAAUGGUUCAGAUUGUCAGUGAAUAAAGUCUUAAAGCACAACGCACAAGUGGAUGUUUGACAUCUUCCAGAUUCAAAUUUCCAUCCUUCAAAAUGCAGGCCUGUGGUCCAUUUUGAUCAAAAUGUCGAAUGUACUGAUUCUGAUCAAAACUGUUCUAAUUUUUUUUGGUUUUAAACUUCGGUGACAAGCGAUCGCUCCCGUUUUCUGUACGUUGUUCUGCUCUGAACUGUCUCUGUAUCUCUUUUUGGGUGCAGGAGAGGUAACUGGUAAGCGCUCACCAUGGAGAUUGAGUUUUAUAUCGGAAACUUUCUGGGCAAUCAUUAAUCUUGUCAUGGGUUUCAUCAUGACCAUGUUCUCGAUGGAGGCAGCGUCUUCUUAUGGGAAGAAGCAGCCCACAAAGAGAAGUCCGUCCGGUUUUGGUAAUGGCGGUGGUCCUCCUGGUUUUGGUGGCGGUGGUCCAGGUGGUCCAGGUGGAAGACCUGGUGGGGGUGGUUCUGGCCCACGAGGGCUGAGUGGUCUGAGCAAUGUCCGAGGCAUUGAUCACACUACCCCUCUUCCCUGUGGCUCGUGUUGCGGCUAAAAGCGAAGUACGUGUUCACCUAAGAUACUAGUUCAUACUCCGCAGUGAAGCAGAAGAUUGAGACCUGUCUUGUCUCUGCAUACUGGACCAAAGCUCCAGGAACCGAAGAUAAAUCAGAGUUCUCUUUGUUCUCGCAAACGAUUGCAUAUUUAGUUGGAGGACUUGGACAGAUUCGUUCAGUUUCAUGUAAAUGUAUACUUUCUACUCAUCUCUGAUAGUAGUCGAUCACGAGAACGUUGAGCACGUUUAGCCUAAUCAUAUGCAGAUUGUCACAAUAGAUCUGCAUAAAUUGUUCGAAAUAAAGAUGAUUUGAGGGAAUGACUUCAUUCCCCCAAGACUGAUCCAUCGAUGCAGGUGCUUGGCAUGGCGGCUUUCUGAAUGUCGAACUGUUCAAGUCGUUGCAUUGGCCAUUUGGCCAAUUCAUUCCUUGCCUUUUUCCACUUUUCAUUCAUUUCAAUCAAAAUCCGUGGAAACGUGAAGACUCUAUGGUCAAGAAAGCCCUAGCUGUACUUCUUCCCAAGUUCAUUGCUGUACUUUUAGAUUUAGCACUCAACUUUGACGUAUCUAAUUAUCAAAUUUGAAGUACGGAAGUAUUUCAGCCGGCACAGCAGAUGGGAAUCGAGGACCACCUUUUGAUGUGCCAAGAUCACGGUCAAUCUACAUAAAAUGAUGACGACACAAAUUGAGAGAUCCACCAGUAAAACGUCACUGACGUGGUGUGCACGACACUGCCUACUGCCGUCGAGGCCAUCUCAUACGAAGCGCUGUGCUGUGUUUUGACCCUACAGAUUCACCGGAGUGGUGCCCAAAGAUCGUCAGCAUAAUUAUCUCUGCCCAAAAAACACGGUAUCCCUCUGUCACUGCCGCCAAAGUCGAAAAAUCUCAAAAUUCCCGAAUGGUGAUAUUGGAGCAUAUAACCAGAUUUGAUCUCGCAGACUACGCCUCCAAUUGCACUGGAAACAAACUAUCUAGAAGAAAGGUGUCCAGUGGAUGUGGAUCAAAUUAUGAAACGGUGGUGGUGGUCGGGUGCAAUGCCCGAACGGAAUUUUGGUGAUUUUCGAUCCAAGUGACACGAGAUUCCCGGAUUAUGUGUACAUCGAUUCCCACCUACUGCCUGCGGGCUCAAACGAAAACCGCUUAAAUUAUGAGACCAGGAUCUCUCGUGGAUUCGACACUUCACGCUGUCGAAUUCUUGGAAUAUAUUCCCGAGCGGAAUUUUAUUCUCCGCGCAGAGCGGUUGCGUAUGGAGAUGAUUGGAUGGCUCCAUUAAACAGAAGUCCAAAGGUCGAAUCAUUUUCAUUUAAACCAAUGAGAUAUACUCUCCUUCUCACGUGGAGUGGAAAAAGGGUCCACCUUUUGCUGGCGAGUCGAGAGAGUUUUAGACAUGAUUGGGACAACCAUAAAGAUCAAUGUUUCGAUGACCAGGGAAGUGAAUGAAAACUACAGAUGGGAGGCCCAUUUUAUUUUAUUUAAUAUAUGUUCUCUCUUAAAAGGGAGGCCCAUCGUUCAAGA